AUGAAUUCAUUUAUGAUAUCAUCAAUUAUGAAUUUAAACACAACAUACACUAAUACAGUUAAUGCAUACAAUACAAAUCAUAAUUGGGAAACAACAUUGAAUUUACCUAAUUCCACAUUAAUUGAUCAAAAAGUAACUGACACUACCUUCAGAGAUAAUUUUGAACAAACUUCUAAUGAGUUAAGUCAAAAUUCAAUAUUAUCAAAUUUAUCAAUUAUGAAUUUAAAUCAGAAUAUUGAUUUGUUGUCUAAUCAAAUAAAAAAACAUAAUGAAUUUAUUUCAUGUUAUCAAAAUUAUUUACAUUUAUUUUUAAAUCAAUCUAAUCAAAAUAAUUCAACAUUGAAUCAAUUGACAACUGAACAUUAUUUGCCUUAUGAGAAGAAUAUUUAUUCAGUACAAAAAACAGAUAACAUUAAGGUUACUACUAAUCAAGAAUGUUCGAGUGCAGAUCUAAAUAGAUUUCAGCAAACUUUUGAACGUACACAAUGUAAUCACCCAUCUUCUGACUUAUUAUUCAUCAAUCAAUGUCAACAUGAUAAUGAUAUUGAAUAUUCAAGUGAUAAAGAAAAUUGUUUAAAUGAGCUUUCUGAAUGUAAUCAAAUAAAAAUGGAUGGUCAUUUAAAACAAUUCGAUCAUAAUAAUGAUAACAAUAAUAAUAAUAAUAAUAAUAAUAAUUGUUCUAGAAAUCGUACAGCUUUUACAGAUUAUCAAUUAAUUUGUUUAGAACGUGAAUUUACACAUUUUCAAUAUUUAUCACGUAUUGAUCGAAUACAUUUAGCGAAAAAUUUAAAUUUAACUGAGAAACAAGUGAAAAUAUGGUUUCAAAAUCGUCGAGUACGUUGGAGAAAAAGAAAUUCAUUUUAA